AUGCAAGUUCUAGACACGGGCGCUAUUGAAACCAUUAUUGUGUGGGAAAAUCUCGACGUUACUAGGUAUGUUUUGAAAAAUAGCAGUACUGGAGAAACAAUAAUCAAACACUUGAAUAAGGAGCAAGAUGCAGACGAGAGUAACUUUCGCGAACCUACUACAAAUGGGGAGUUAGAGAUUAUGGAUAAAAUGCUUUUACUUGAGUGGUUAGCUAAUGAGUACAGGAAAUUUGGUUGUAGUUUGGAAUUUGUUACAAAUAAAUCACAAGAAGGAUCUCAGUUCUGUCGUGGUUUUGGUGGCAUUGGCGCUAUUCUUCGUUACAAGCUUGAUGUUCGAGCUUUUGAUGAUGUUUCUGACGACGGUGAAGUUUAUGAAGAAGUUUAUGUUGAUUCUGAAUAG